AUGGCGCCGCGAUACCACGUAUCAGCGAGCCGCGAGCUCCAUGUCGUGGUCCUCGGAGCAGGCGGCGUUGGCAAGAGCUGUCUCACAGCCCAAUUCGUCCACAACGAGUGGAUUGAAAGCUAUGAUCCCACCAUUGAGGAUUCGUACCGCACCCAGGUCCAAGUCGAUGGGCGCCAGGUCGUGCUGGAGAUCCUCGACACGGCGGGUACGGAGCAAUUUGUGGCCAUGAGAGACCUUUACAUGAAGACCGGCCAAGGCUUCCUCCUCGUCUUCAGCAUCACGUCCCCCUCAUCUCUGACGGAACUUGCCGGCCUACGGGAGGAAAUCAUUCGCAUCAAGGAUGACGAAAACGUCCCCAUGGUCAUCGUCGGCAACAAAGCGGACCUCGAAGAGGGGCGGGUCGUCCCUAGGGCCAAAGGCUUCUCCAUAUCUCAGAAGUGGGGAGCACCCUACUACGAGUCCAGCGCGAGGACACGAACCAAUGUGGAUGAGGUUUUCAUUGACCUGUGUCGCCAAAUGCUUCGCAAGGACGACGACUACAACAUCGGGCCCGAGGCUGAUGACGGGGGCUUCAAGUUUGAUGCCUUUCGCGGAUCGGGCAAGAAGCGGCGGCGCAUGCGAAUCCGCGACCACCACCACCAAAAAUGCGUCAUUUUGUGA